AAAAAAAGUGGGAUAUUUGAAUUUGAUUCUAAUAAUGGCACUCAGCACAUGGAUGUGGACCUUGAAGGCAAGGAAAGUGAAAAUUCAAUUUUGCGAGAACUUUACGAUAACCCAUCAAUUUCUCAAUUUCAAGAUGUUCAUAGAUUUUAUGGUCCUCAUCUUUAA